AUGGCUGCAUCGGUGGUGUUACAGCUGAUGAUUCUCCUCAUAGUGGGCAAUAGUCCUUUUGCUAAAUGUAGAAUCCAGGAUCCCUACCAUAUCCUUCACAAAUAUUUUCAACCAGGAGACAUAAUAUUUGGAGCUAUUUGUUCUCAGAGUCUCAUCCUCUCCAGUCCAAAAGACUUCAUACAUAAACCUCCACAGACGCUAUCUGAAGAGCCUGUUAUAGUGACAAAGAAUUACCAGCACAUCCUGGCCUUGGUGUUUGCGGUAAAGGAGCUAAAUAAAAAUCUCAAGCUCCUACCAAAUGUGACCCUGGGAUUCAACAUUUAUGACAUCUAUUCCAGUGCUGAAUUGACCUAUCAUGCCACAAUGAAACUGCUUUCCACAAGGAAUAUAUUUAUCCCCAACUACAAAUGUGACAUCCAGGAAAAUCUGAUUUCCAUCAUUGGGGCACUGCAUUCAGAAACAUCUCACCAGAUAGCAAAUGUUUUGAGUAUCUUCAAGAUUCCUCAGCUUUUGUAUGGUUCUAUGUCUUGGAGGACACUUCAAACUGAAUUUCUUUCCUCCUAUCGAAUGGUCCCAGAUGAUAUCCUCCAGUACUUGGGGAUUCUACAGUUACUCAUUCACUUCAAAUGGAUAUGGUUUGGAUUCAUUGCUGAUGACAAUGAUAAGGUAGAAAUGUUUCUGCAACACAUGCUUCCCUUAUUUUCCCAGAAGGGCAUCUGUUUAGCCUUUGUAGAAACAUGCCCUUCAAGUUUUAGUUUUGAUGAAGAUGAUGAGAAUGGAGAAGUAAUGAAAAAAGGGAUUGAAACCUACAACAGAGUCAUGAGCAGCACAGCCAAUGCAUUGGUGUUCUAUGGAGAAGCAGAUUCCAUAAUCUUUUUGAGAUGGGUACUAUUUCUACCAGAGGUGGAUGACACAAUACGAAAGCCAAAAGGUAGGAUCUGGAUUCUAACAGCUCAGAUGGAGUUAAAAUCAUUUGUCCACCAACGGCAUUGGGAUAUCCAAGUCCUCCAUGGUGCUCUAUCUUUCGCAAUCCACUCCAAAGAGGUUCAAGGGUUCAAGGAAUUUCUUCAGGGCAGAAACCCUUCCAGUACAACAGAAGAUGGUUUUAUCAGAGAUUUCUGGGAACAGGCAUUUGGCUGUGUAUUCCCAAGCUCUGCUUUGGAUGAUGUGAUCCACCACUUUCUGAAACAAGUCUCAUUUAACAACACUGCUGGGGAUGUGGUUUCUUUUGAUCAAAAUAGAGUAUUAAUAGGUGGAUUUGAUAUUUUAAACUGGGUCACAUUCCCAAACCAAUCUUUUGUUCGAGUAAAAGUUGGAAAGAUGGAUCCUGAAACUCCAAUUCCAGAGCAAGAAUUCACUGUUAAUGAAGAUGACAUUGUGUGGCACAGCUGGUUUAACCAGGUACAGCCCCUUUCUCUAUGCAACGAUCACUGCGAUUCAGGUUAUAGCAAGAAAACGAAGGAAGGACAGCUGUCUUGCUGUUACGACUGCAUUCUGUGUCCAGAAAAUAAGAUAUCAAAUGAGAAAGAUAUGCCUGACUGCUUUCAAUGCCAAGAAGAUCAUUAUCCAAACAAGGAUAAAAAUGCAUGCAUUCCCAAGCGUAUACAUUUCUUGUCAUAUGAGGAACCUUUGGGGAUCAUCUUAGCCACUGGUGCUCUCACAUGUUCAUUGAUCACAGCUCUAGUGCUAGGGAUUUUCAGGAAGCACCAUGACACCCCCAUUGUGAAAGCCAACAACAGGGACCUCACCUACACUCUCCUCAUCUCCCUUCUGCUCUGCUUCCUUUGUGCUUUGAUAUUCAUUGGCCAGCCUCAGAGGGUGACAUGUCUCUUCCGACAAACUGCCUUUGGCAUCAUCUUCUCAGUGGCUGUUUCUUGUCUGCUGUCCAAAACGGUGACUGUGGUUCUGGCUUUCAUGGCUACCAAACCAGGAUCCAGGAUGAGGAAGUGGGUGGGGAAAAGAUUUUCCACCUCCAUUGUUCUUUCUUGCUCACUUAUCCAAACAGGGCUUUGUGUUGUAUGGUGGGAAACCUCUCCCCCAUUUCCACAUACUGACACUCAUUCCAUGAAUGAUGAAAUUUUAUUAGAAUGUAAUGAGGGCUCCACUAUCAUGUUUUACUGUGUCUUGGGCUACAUGGGUUUCCUGGCACUUACCUGCUUCACUCUGGCUUUCUUUGCCAGAAAAUUACCUGACAGUUUCAAUGAGGCCAAGUUUAUCACUUUCAGCAUGUUGGUCUUUUGCAGUGUGUGGUUGUCCUUUGUUCCAACCUAUCUGAGCACCAAAGGAAAAUACAUUGUUGCCGUUGAGAUCUUCUCUAUUUUAGCUUCCAGCUCUGGGUUGCUGGGCUGCAUCUUUCUCCCCAAGUGUUACAUUAUUGUGAUGAAGCCUCAGCUGAACAAUAGGGAACAACUAAUAAGAAAAAAGCCUUGA